CUCUUUGUUUACUCAAUUCCAAGGCUCGCUCGUUAUGGCGAGAUCGUUACAAGAACUGCUCCUUCGAUUCCCCAAAUUGCAUCGGCCAAAGUAUAUACCCUCUUACACGGGUGGCUCCACAAUCAUAUCUGAAUCCUUGAGCGAUGUCGUUCAGUACCCGAUCGACUUGUCGGGAGAUGCGGAUUGGGCGAGGAAUAACCUGCAGCCCCUUCUCGCUCAUCUGAACGCCACCUUCACCGAUCCUAUAGCCUUGCAGGAGUUGAGUGACUGGUCGUCGAGCAUCGGGAGAGUCUGGGCCGUAUCCCGAGAGCAGUACCUUACCGGCGAAGGAGCUCUGAGUGCUCUCGUCAGUCCACUCCACGACUGGAUCAGCGGUUUCUUGGCACGAUGGAUCAAUCCGCAGGUUCGCGUAUACUGGCGACUGGUCUCUUCGGGUCCUCCGGGCAAGUCCGAUCACGAACUAGUUCUUCAAGUGCGACAGAUCAACUGGUCACCCCCUGCUGGAGAGCACGGUACACGGUACAGAUGGGAAUGUGUCGGUCCAGAUAAGUGGGAGGUCGUGAUUGGUCUCGCGGAGGACAAGACCACAACUCGCAUGACCGAUCAUAUUUUUGAAGGCUUUGUGGACACGCUGACAGCUGCCGAUUAUGCAUCGCUUCCGGGCUUUCGCCUCGCAGUUCUCUAUGGCGUUGACGGUGUCGAGGACCAGCUCGACUCGAUCUCAUCCAAAUUAUGCGAGCAACUCGCUGGCGAAUGUUUCAGCCGGGGUGUGCCGAUCGUGUAUACCUUCACAGGAACCACCAUGAACGCCUUCACCCUUUCCCCCUCGAGCAACGGCCGCCCACCUGGCAUGACGGCCUCCAAUCUCACGAAAACCAUCUUCAUGCCGUCGAGUCGCAAGCUCUGGAAUUGCCAUGUCGGAUUUGUACUGGGGGUAACGCUUUGGGCGAUUCGCAGUUUUCAGACCGCGUACGGGAACACCAUGGGUAUGCCUGAUCUUCGAGCGGUUCCAAUCGUCUACGGCAAUACCCUCUCAUCUGGGCCAGGCGGUGGCUCGGCUAUCGGUCCGAGCUCGAGCGGGUUCUCAUCAGGAAAUGCGGGGCUCGGCCAUGCGCAGAGUUCAAGCUCCUCUCAGACUCCGGGUACCAGUGCCACCAAUAAUACGAUGCAGAUUCAGCCUCCAGCCGAUCUCAGAUUUUCAACACCACAGCGCCCAGUCGGUGCCAAGCGACCGUUACCUCCGACACCACCUGAAGAUACAGGGGCCUUGGAUGACAUCACAAUGGAUCCGCCAAAGAUGUUUGGUCGCUUGAUGGUGGGCACUUCUGAAAGUGCGGUCUCGCAAGCCUCCUCCUACCUUCCCUCCCCGGUCCACUCGCCUGCCAAGAUCGAUGUUACAGAGCUUGGGCCACUGUCGGUGUGCACUCGCGUCCCAUCAUCGAUUUUGUCCGACCCAGCCUCAAGAUCUGCGGUGCAGGCGCGUCUUUCGGAGCAUUCCCCAAACAUGGUCGACCAGCAGUUGCACGGCCCCUACAUCCCCUCGUAUGACUCUUCUGAUUUGCCUCAUCUGAGGUCGCCUCAAUACGUCGGACCCAAGUCGCUCAAAUCAAGAGACUUGGUGAUUGGACCUUACCGAUCUCACGGGUCUACCUGGACGGCUUUCGAAGUCUCCGAGGCGAUUAUUGACGACGACUCGGCUCAGGCAAUUGUCAAAUUUCUCUACUUGCCUCAAUGGACCGAAGCCAACCAGUCCUGGCGUCAGGUGCUAGAGGCCGCUGUUCGUCAGGAGUUCAGGAUCAUGACCGAUCCCAAGUUUACGGCGAUUCAGGGAAGCGUGAUACCGAAAGUCAACAACUUAUAUCCAGGCUUGUUUGGCGGUGUGACCAAGGGUGGUGGGAACAUUUGGAUGACAUUGUGUGAAGAUGCUGGCACAGUGCUACCGAAGUAUUUUGCCGCAGACCUCCGCUUCCAGGAAGCCAUCCGCUCCCGCUAUAAAGCCCUGCACUCUGCGGGCGUGUUCCAUGGGGAUGUAGAAUGGCGACACAUACUCGCAAAGGCUUCAGCCAUCCGCUCCGAGUCUCACCUUCAGCCGUUGUCGCUGGAUGAGAUUUUCACAUCCUAUGACCCUCAAUCGAUUCGAAUCAUCGAUUUUGGAUCGGCUGUGACUCAGGACACUGUCGAACAAGGCUAUGAUUAUUGGCAACGAAUGUGUGAAGGUGAAAUGAUCCGAGUUGAACAGCUCUUCAAGGAGGUCAGUGCCGAUGUGUAGCGCCGAUUCGUACCGGCGCUUUCCGCUUGACUUUCUUCCCUCCGGCUCGCUAUCACUCAUGGCAGGUCCAUGAUGAUCUGCCAUUUGUCUCGAAUCACUCUAAUUUAUGACUGGACGACAUGAUGAGAUGACGAGAUGAUGCUUGAUGAUACUGUAGAAUUGCAUGAAUUCGUGCUCCUUGUCGAU